CUCGAGCCCAAGAGUGCAUUCUUCAAGCAGUAAAUUCACAAUUGCACAAAACCCCCGCACACACUGCGUGAGACUGAACCACCAACCAGUAUCCGCCGCCGCAACGCUAGAGAAUAUGGGAAGAAGCGAUGACUCGAUAAGCAGACGGCGGAGCAAGAAGAUCAAGAGAAAGCAAGAAAACAAAGUGGAUCCUUCUUCGAAAGUAUCAGCUCGGGUUGCUGCCAUUAUCGCCGCCAAGAAGCGCCGCCACACCGGCAAACGCCGCAUGUGUCAGGGUAUGUGCUUCAGUCUUCCAACACCUGAGGACCCCUUCAAUGAUAAACAGGGUAAGACUGAUCCCCCACGGAAAAGGAAGAGAAGUUCCAAAGAAAAUAAGAAGCUUGAGGACGAGAUUCCUAGGUUAAACAAAGAAUCUCUCGACAAAUUGGGGUUUGGCAAUACAGAAAAUGGAAAAUCAUCAUUGGUUUCGUCUACUGCCAUUAUGGGGCCAGAGAUUGCAAUUAACGUAGGGCAGCCAACAUGCAAGAUCAUCAGUUGGGAUAAAACCAAGAAUUCUUGGAAAGCAGUUGAUUCUGUUAGAGAUACAAAGAGCCCGUCAAAAUUUUUGAUUAUGUGCUUGAACACGAUACAAAAUGCCUUGGAGAAGGAUGAAAGGGACCAACCUCUUUUUGCCAAUGCUUGGGGAAUUGAGUUCUGGAACUGUUAUUGUGCUGGGAAAGAUGUAUUGGAGACCAAUGGAGCUGGUUCGAAUCUCGAGCAAAUUGCUUGGUUAGCAUCAACAGCUGCUGAUUCCAUUUCAGUGAAGGAGAAAGAGGGUGCAUCGUUUAGUGGCCCGUUUCUUUUGUAUUUGGUGCCAUCUCAAGAAAAAGCUGCCGAGGUUCGCCAAAUAUGCAAGCUGCUUAAAGCACAUGGAAUUCAUACAGUGAGCUUGCAUUCUGGUGCUGCCCUAGAUCAUCAAAUUAAUGGUCUGAAGUCUUGUGAACCAGAGUUUGUUGUCUCCACUCCCGAGAGACUUUUGGAGCUUCUCAAAUUAAGGGCUAUUGAUAUAUCUGGAGUUUCAUUGCUGGUUAUUGAUGGACCAGAAGGCACUUUUAAAGGCGCUUUCUUCGAUGCAAUCAAGUCUACAAGGCAAUUUAUUUCUGAAAAUCUUCAAACUGUUUGUUUUCUAUGAUGGCGCUAAUAAGUCGUCAGUCUCUUCCAUACGAAGGCUGUUGGGAGUGACAAAUCUGCAUACAAUCCAACCGUAUCUCCAGAGAUAGCUGGAGUGCCAUAAUCAUUUAGCUUUCGAUUAGCCAAACUUUUAGCAGUUUCUUUUAUACAAUGGAACAGUAUUUGCCUCGCUAUUGGGGUGGACUUGAAAUUGAACUUUUAAGGUUAAUGUACUGCUUGUAGAACCAUUUUUUCAACAUAGUAUGGAUUCAAAAUGUUGAUUUACCCUAAUCGACUGCAUAACUCCGA